AUGAAACAACUCAGAGAUACCCAGUCUGUCCCCAGCACCAAGGGCAACCAAUACAACGCGCAUAUAUACAAGCACGCCCACCUAUCAACGCUCCUAAGGGGCCAAAAGCCCACAGGAACCCCCUCAUUGAUAGAAUUGGUAAUGGCAUUCGUCAAACUAAGGGCGCGCGUCAGCCUGUACAAAAGGCACAGGACGCAGGGAGGAGCUAGGAGGAGAGAAUGGAGAGAAAAGUGGAGGAAUGAGAAAGCAAAGGAACAAGGAAAGGAGAAUAGAGACACAAAAGGAGACGGAGAGGAGAAACAGACCAAUGCUUACAGAAAAAGCACUGAAGAAACUUCAGGUCCAAGUAGUGGACACGGUAAUAACAAGGUGGAUGGAGGGGUUACCGGCACUGUUCCCAACAUUCCCAAAAGGGAGAACUAUACUUGUCCCAUACAUGCCAACAAAACCAAAGAAGUCAUCAACAACAAAGACUGGGACUGGGACCAAUUUGCUAACUCAGAAGCCAAUUGA